GCUUUACUUCCGCCAGCAAAAGGAAGUGCAAAAGAUAAGUUAGAAAGAUUCCAAGACAGAUCUACGCUGGUACCGAACUUCUCCUUUGAUAAAAUAAGCGUAUCUCUCUGGUAUUUGUAUGUUUGUUUUAAUUUGAACAACUCAGAAAAAAAAAGUCUUCUUUUUCUUUUGUUUUCGAUCUUGGAGCUCCCAUAAACCCUAAUCCGAGAGACAGAGAAAAGGAAAACUAUGGCGCCGCCAGCAGCAGCGGGCGGAGGAGGAGGAGGAGGAGGAGGACAGCAGCCGCGACAGCAGCAGCAACAAAAUGGAUUUGGACAGACCAUAACUGGAAUUAUUAGGAUCGCCGUGUUUUGGUACUUUGCUUCCAAAUUCUUUUCUCCAAAAAAGCCUACCGAUCCCUCUAACCUCAUCUCCAAUCUCUUCCAGAAGGGCGAACCCCUGGAUAUGUGGCUUUAUCUUUCUGAGCAUGAAAAGUUCAAUGAUUUUGGAAACGAAGCUUCUCUUGUAUGGCAUGAAACUAACAUUCCUUAUGUCACUUGGGGUCCUGAAAGUACCCGUACUCUUUCUUUGAAAUACUAUCCUUCCCAGGCCUUGAAAAACAAUGGCAGUCUUUAUGCCCACGUUUUCUUUGCACGCUCUGGUUACCCUCCAGAUCCUAAUGACCCUGAAUUCCAGCCUCAAGCUACCUUUGGGAGGACUCACUCUGUUGUGGCAUACUUACCCAAGUCAAGAUCAGAUAAGAGGAAAAGUCUUCUUGGAAACACCAAAGAAGGGGAAGCAGUUGAAUCUGUGGCUAUGGUGGCUGAUGAUGCUGAAACUGACUCUAAAGAUGAUGGCCCUGACGAGUGGAUUGCUUAUUGGAAACCAAAUAUCACCAUUAACUUGGUUGAGGAUUUCACACGAUAUGGGCACAAUGCUGUACCACCAAAUAUUGCUCCUUACUUAAAUAUUGAGCCUAGUACAGGAAAUUACUACCCGACCAUCUUCUUCAACGAAUUUUGGUUACUUAGAGAUAAAUUGAUUGCAAUUAAUGAGUCGGUCACAGAGUUGCCAUUAAAUUUGGAGGUUGGCCCCAUAAGCAUGAUGAAGUGGCAACUAUUCCUGCAAAUUGACCAAUCAUUCCAAAUUCAUCGUAGUUAUGGAAGCAUGCUUGAAGGCGAGGCAGAUGAACUAAAGAGGGUCUUCUUAGAAGGAAAUCCGUACUUGCUAGUGAUCACCAUGGUUGUUUCUCUGCUUCAUUCUGUGUUUGAUUUCCUGGCUUUCAAAAAUGAUAUCCAAUUUUGGAACAAAAAUAAGUCUAUGGAAGGACUGUCUGCAAAGUCUGUUGUAGUGAGCUUUCUGUGUCAGCUCGUUGUUUUCCUCUAUUUACUUGAUAAUGAGACCUCAUGGAUGAUACUGGCAAGUUCAGGAAUUGGUGUCUGCAUCGAAUUUUGGAAAAUAGGGAAAGCAAUGCACAUAGAGAUUGAUAGAAGUGGAAGGAUACCUAUGUUGAGGUUUCGAGAUCGCGAUUCGUAUGCAAGUAAUAAAACUAAGGAAUAUGAUGAUAUAGCGAUGAAAUAUCUAUCCUAUGUGCUCUUCUUCCUUGUUGCAUGUUUUUCUGUUUACUCUCUUAUGUAUGAGCGCCAUAAGAGCUGGUCUUCCUGGAUUCUCUCUUCACUCACUAGCUGUGUAUACAUGUUUGGUUUUAUUAUGAUGUGCCCUCAACUUUUCAUAAACUAUAAGCUUAAGUCUGUAGCUCACUUACCCUGGAGGCAAAUGACUUACAAGUUCCUCAACACUAUCAUUGAUGAUCUCUUUGCAUUCGUCAUAAAAAUGCCAACACUUCAUCGGCUUUCUGUCUUCCGUGAUGAUCUUAUAUUUUUAAUCUACCUGUACCAGAGAUGGGUAUAUCCUGUGGAUAAGAAACGUAUAAAUGAAUUUGGUUUUGGUGGUGAGGAUGAGCAUGGUCAGACGUCUGCCAUUGCCGAUCAAGAUGACAAGAAAACCAAUUGAGCUUACGCCCUAUUACAUUUUGCUCUAGCUACUCUUAGUGCCAAAAGGAAAUGUAAAAGAUUCUGGUAGUGUGACCACGAUAUUUUGUAAGACUUUUAGAAGUCUAGACUAGAAAAUUGUUCACUAAAAAUUUUGGUUACAGGUCGUUGGCUAUUCUAAUAGCAGGUAGCCUACAUCUUUUGCUUUUA